GAGGGAGAUCUGAGCGGCUGCUGCAGCACCGACUGAGGAGGGUGACCAUGGAAGACCUCGGAGAGAACACCACUGUCCUGUCAACCCUGAGAUCUCUGAACAACUUCAUUUCUCAGCGAGUAGAGGGAGCAUCAGGCCUGGAUGUGUCCACAUCUGCCUCAGGGUCCCUACAGAAGCAGUAUGAACAGAACAUGCAGCUGGAGGAGAGAGCGGAGCAGAUCCGAGCCAAGUCCCGCCUCGUCCAGGCCGAGAGGGAGAAGAUGCAGAUGGAGCUGAACCACAAGCGGGCCCGAGUGGAGCUGGAGAGAGCGGCCAGCGCCAGUGCCAGGGACUAUGAGGUGGGUCCAGCCAGUGUCAGUGCCAGGGACUACGGGGUGCGUGCCAGCGCCAGCACCAGGAACGACGAAAUGAUUAGUUCAUUGAAGGGGCGUGUCUCCGAGCUGCAGUUGAGUGCGAUGGACCAGAAGGUCCAGGUCAAGCGCCUGGAGUCUGAGAAGCAGGAGCUGAAGGAGCAGCUGGAGCUGCAGCAGCGGAAAUGGCAGGAGGCAAAUCAGAAGAUCCAGGAGCUGCAGGCCAGUCAAGAAGAGAGAAGUGACCAGGAGCAGAAGAUUAAGGACCUGGAGCAGAAGCUGUGUCUGCAAGAGCAGGACGCAGCUGUGGUGAAGAGCGUGAAGUCCGAGCUGAUGCGGCUGCCGAGGAUGGAGGGUGAGCUGAAGAGGCUGCGCGAGGAGAACGCUCAUCUAAGGGAGAUGAGGGAGACCAAUGGGCUGCUCACAGAGGAGCUGGAAGGUUUGCAGAGGAAGCUGGGCCGACAGGAGAAGAUGCAGGAAGCUCUGGUUGACCUGGAGUUGGAGAAGGAGAGGCUCCUUGCAAAGCUGCAGAGCUGGGAGAAACUGGACCAGACCAUGGGCUUGAAUCUCAGGACUCCUGAAGACCUUUCUAGGUUCGUGGUUGAGCUGCAGCAGCGAGAGCUUGCACUGAAGGAGAAGAAUAACAGCAUCACCAGCAGUGCCCGGGGUCUGGAGAAGGCCCAGCAGCAGCUCCAGGAUGAGGUCCGGCAGGUCAAUGCACAGCUGCUGGAGGAGAGGAAGAAGAGGGAGACCCAUGAGGCACUUGCCCGAAGGCUCCAGAAGCGCAAUGCAUUGCUGACCAAGGAGCGAGACGGCAUGCGUGCCAUCCUGGGAUCCUACGACAGUGAGCUGACCCAAGCUGAGUACUCAGCCCAGCUGACACAGCGCAUGUGGGAGGCCGAGGACAUGGUUCAGAAAGUGCACGCCCACAGCUCGGAGAUGGAGUCUCAGCUGUCUCAGGCCCUGGAGGAGCUUGGGGUUCAGAAGCAGAGAGCUGACACGCUGGAGAUGGAGCUGAAGAUGCUGAGGGCCCAGACAAGCUCAGCCGAAGCCAGCUUCCCGUUCUGCAAAGAGGAGGUGGACACACUCAGGUUGAAGGUGGAGGAGUUGGAGGGUGAGCGGAGCCGUCUGGAACAGGAAAAACAGGCGCUGGAGAUGCAGAUGGAGAGACUAACCCUACAGGGUGACUACAACCAGAGUCGAACCAAAGUGCUACACAUGAGCCUGAACCCAGCCAGCAUGGCCAGGCAGCGCCAGCGUGAGGACCGUGACCGCCUACAGGAGGAAUGCGAGCGCUUACGGGGACUCGUGCACGCCCUGGAGAGAGGGGGCCCCAUCCCUGCUGACCUGGAGGCUGCCUCCAGCCUGCCCUCAUCCAAGGAGGUGGCAGAGCUGCGGAAGCAGGUGGAAAGUGCCGAGCUGAAGAACCAGCGGCUCAAGGAGGUUUUCCAGACUAAGAUCCAGGAGUUCCGCAAGGUUUGUUACACACUGACCGGCUACCAGAUUGACGUGACCACCGAGAGCCAAUACCGCCUCACCUCCCGAUACGCUGAGCACCAGACGGACUGCCUCAUCUUCAAGGCCACAGGCCCCUCGGGCUCUAAGAUGCAGCUGCUGGAGACGGAGUUCUCGCGCUCGGUGCCGGAGCUCAUUGAGCUGCACUUGCUGCAGCAGGACAGCAUUCCUGCCUUCCUCAGCGCGCUCACCAUAGAGCUCUUCAGCCGCCAGACCUCCGUCUAGCCUCUUCCCUGAGCGGCCUCGGCCACUGGACCUCGGCCUAGCCUGUAGCUGCAGCCUCUCACGUGUAGCCCCCAGACUGCUUUGCCACCCAUAGCUGGAUCCUGUCACAAACACUAGCCAUGGCCUCUGCUCAGGCAGCCGCUCUGUGUCUUGCCCCUGGCCAGCAGGAGCAAGCUGCUGGGGAUGACCAAGCCAGACCACACCCACUGCUCUCCUCCCAUCCCACCUCCUGUUCUAGGGCCUCUCCAUGGACUGUCCCAAGGUGUUCCUGUACCAGCCUCCAGUUCCAUGUGCUGGUUGCUUAUGUCACUUCAGUGGCCAGACUCUGGCCUGUGUCCACAGUCUAAGACUAAUGAAAUAAAGUGCUACCUUUAUCUUCCCUCCCCG